UGAAUCCCUUCAGAGCCAAGUAAGGAGGUCCCUCUCUUUCCCCCUCUCUCUUUUUUAAAGGACCUCGUGAAAUAAAAGAGCAGAAAACAAACCCAGGCGAUCACAGCAGCAGCCGCGGCGGCAGCAGCAGCAGCAGCAGGAGGAGGAGGAGGAGAAGUUGGAGUGGGGCAGGCGCUCCGGAGUGGCCGGGCUCCGCGCGGCUCCCAUUCAUUAAGGAGCCAGCGGCGGAGGAAGGUGGCCGGGCGCCCGCGCUGCCCACUCGCUCGCGCACGCAGACACACGCCAGCCCCGCGCCCCCCGGCCGCGCAGCUCUGCAAAAGUUUCUGCUCGGGGUUUGGCUCUCCUCCCCCUGCACUGUGGAAGCAGGAAAGCAGAGGCGCACCAGGGGAGCAGAAAACACCACCGCCUGCAGUCGGAAGCGGGCGGCGGGGCUGCACUCUCGCCGCCGCGCCCGAGCCGGGGCCGACCGCCCCUCUCCGGAGCAGUACCGGCCGGGAGGCGACCCGGGCGCCUGGGUGUGUGGCUGCUGUCGCGGGGCGGGAGGCUCGCGCCGCAGCCAGCGCCAUGCAAAACUACAAGUACGACAAGGCGAUCGCCCCGGAGAGCAAGAACGGCGGCAGCCCGGCGCUCAACAACAACCCGAGGAAGGGCGGCAGCAAGCGGGUGCUGCUCGUCUGCCUCGACCUCUUCUGCCUCUUCAUGGCGGGCCUGCCCUUCAUCAUCAUUGAGACAAGCACCAUCAAGCCGUACCAUCGAGGGUUUUAUUGCAAUGACGAGAGCAUCAAGUAUCCACUGAAGACUGGAGAGACGAUAAAUGACGCUGUGCUCUGUGCGGUGGGGAUUGUCAUCGCCAUCCUCGCGAUCAUCACGGGGGAAUUCUACCGGAUCUAUUACCUGAAGGAGAAGUCCCGGUCAACCAUUCAGAAUCCCUAUGUGGCAGCCCUCUAUAAGCAAGUGGGCUGCUUCCUCUUCGGCUGUGCCAUCAGCCAGUCUUUCACAGACAUUGCCAAAGUCUCCAUAGGGCGCCUGCGUCCUCACUUCUUGAGCGUCUGCAACCCUGAUUUCAGCCAGAUCAACUGCUCUGAGGGCUACAUCCAAAACUACAAAUGCAGAGGUGACGACAGCAAGGUCCAGGAAGCCAGGAAGUCUUUCUUCUCUGGCCACGCCUCCUUCUCCAUGUACACGAUGCUCUAUUUGGUGCUGUACCUGCAGGCCCGCUUCACCUGGCGAGGUGCCCGCCUGCUCCGGCCCCUCCUGCAGUUCACCCUGAUCAUGAUGGCCUUCUACACAGGACUGUCCCGCGUGUCUGACCAUAAGCACCAUCCCAGCGACGUCCUGGCAGGGUUUGCUCAAGGCGCCCUGGUGGCCUGCUGCAUAGAUGCUGUGUGGGGGUCUACCUUUACUGGCAGAGGAGUUCUAUGACCAUGAUGUCACCACGGCUCAGUUGGAGGACUCCAGCAUGAAUCAAGACAGCAGAGGAAAUGAGUGGUGAUCCCCCAAGGAGACAAGCUUAUAAAGUCAUCAUCAGUGACAGCAAAGGAAAUUAAGGAAAACCAAGGUCUGAGUUAUGAGUACAACCAGUGUUGGUGUAUGCGUUCCUCAUUUAUUCAGUGAACAUUCACGGAGCUCCUACACUGAGAGUUAGACGUAGCUCCUGCCCUCAAGGAAUUUACAGUCUAACGAGGGAGACUGACAUAUGGACAAACAGAAAGACAAAGGAAAGCCCAGGAGGCUAUGGAAACCCAGAAAAGAGGAAUCUAAAUGACAGGAAGACCAGAGAGGAAGCAAACCACACUCACGCUGAUAAAGAACGUGUCUUCGAGUCAGGUAGACUUGAGUUUAAACCUCCGCUCUGCCACUUAACUACGUAAGCCACUCGCUAAUUGAGCCUCUAUUUCUUCAGUUGGGCAUUGUAGAUAACAUACCUAUGCAAAAUGGUUGUGAUGAUUAAAGGAAAUGAGUUUUUAGCAUAAAGCCUGACUCACUGCAAGCACUUAAAUGGAAGAUAUUUUAUUAUGUGUUAUAUAGAUGAUGCUUAAUGCUAAAUUUUGAAGCAAGUAGGAGUUGGCUAGAUGAAGAAAAGGGAGAUGGUGUUCCAGACAGAGCAUACAACCAUGUCCAAAGGCCAUCGGGUGCGGUGUGUACUGAUCUCGGAGACAGAGAGAGAAAGGGGGGAAAGGGCAGUUUGGAGGAGAGAGCGGUAGAUGAGUGGAGAUGAGGAGCUCUGUUUUGGAUAUGUUGAACUUCAGGUGUUUGUGGGAUGUUGAGGCGGACACGUCCAGGAAAUAGUUGGAUAAAUAAGUCUGUAGUUCAGUUAUUCAUUCAUUCAUUCAUUCAACAAAUAUUUAUUAUCUACUAUGUGACAGACAAUGCUUUGGGUUCCGAAUAUAGCAACGAACAAAACAAAAUAAAGCUUGCAUUCCAGUUGGGGGCUCAAAUCGCUAGCUCAGAAUAGACAUCUGGGCUGGAGGUAGACUUUGAUGAGUCAACACCCUGCACACAGUAAGGGUGGAGAAAGCCACAAGGCAUGGAUGAGACAGAUGGCCCAGUGGGGAGUGUAGAAUGAGAAGAGUGGGCUUAUUCUGGAUCAAGUUCAGGCAGGAUAUUUCUUUUCUAUAGCUUAGAGGAUUGAACUGCUUUGAUAAAUGUCUGCAAAUCCCUUAAAUAUGCUUACUUUCUGACUGUACUCAACUCCCAAUCUAGCCACCACUUCUGUGAGAGGUGGACAAAUCAGAUUUGGUUGUCUUACCUCUAAAACAGGAAUAAUAUGGCUUUAGCCAGCCUCAACAUAACUUUCUUGCUUUAGGACCUCUGCAGUCUCUGUUCCUUCUGCGUGGAAUGCCCUUCCCUGUGACCUUCUCCUGCUUGGUUUCUUCUUGUUUUUCAGAUCUCUGCUCAGCCAAUGCUUCUGCAGAGAGGACUUCCCUGACCCUCCAGUAUAAAUCAGAAUAAACCCAGGCCCUGGCUACUCUAGCAGCCGAUUUCUAAUCACUGUCUGAUAUUUUUCUUACCACUUUUCACUUAUUGUUGAUUCUCCCACACCCCAACCAGAAUGUGUCAUGAGAGUAUGGAUCAAGCUUGUCUUGUUCUUUGUAAUAGUCCCAUCUCUUAGACUGGAUCCUGGCACAUAGUAGGCAAGCAGUAGUUUUUAAAUUAUUUUGAAUUAUUUGAAUAAUUUUCAACAAAUAAGGGAUUUUCCAACUUUAGGAGUAAACAUUAAAAAACAAUUUUUGAACAUUUCUAUGUGCCAAGUACCUUGUUAAAGUGCUGGGGAUACAGAACUCAAUCUUAUACGCAAACAGGUUUAUAAUCUCAUGAGAGAUACAGACACCUAUGAAGCUACUAUAAGGGAGUGAAUAAAAGUGGAUCAGAGGUUUGGGUUGGUGUGAGGAAGAUCUGGAGAUCCUUCCUGUAUUCGUGGAGGAUGGAACUAGAUACAGUAGUCCCCCCUUAUCCCUGAUUUCACUUUCCAACGUUUUAAUUACCCUUGGUCAACUGCAAUCCAGAAGCAGAUAAUCCUCCUUCUGACCUAUCGUCAGAAGGUCAAUAGUCGCUUAAUGCUAUGUCACAACGCCCAAGUCAUUCACCUCACUUCAUCUCAUCACGUAGGCAUUGUAUCAUCUCACGUCAUCACAAGAAGAAGAAGGGUGAGUACAGUACGAUAAGAUAUUUUGAGAGAGAGAGAAAGACCACAUUCACAUAACUUCUAAUACAGUAUAUUGUUAUAAUUGUUCUAUUUUAUUAUUAUUGUUGUUGUUGUUAAUCUUUUACUGUACCUAAUUAUAAAUUAAACUUUAUCCUAGGUAUGUAUGUAUAGGAAAAAACAUAGUAUAUAUAGGGUUCGGUACUAUCCACAAUUUUAUGCAUCAGCUAGGGGUCUUGGAGCACAUCCCCCACAGAUAAGGGGGGACUACUGUAGUCUCAGGGCUCCAAAUUGGAAUACUGGGGCCAACUUGAUAUUCUGACCCAGAGACUUGAUUGAUGAAUGAAAAGAUGGGACAGGAGAAUGGGUCCACUUUAAAUCUACACUAGACUGUGAACUUUAUAUCUGUUUGGCUGACAUUGUACAUCAUAUAUAGAUAUAUAUACACAAACAGAGUUGGUGCUCAAUAAAUAUUUUUUGAGCAAACAAAAAUCUUAUCUUAGUGUGAGAUAAAGUUUAGAGCUGGUAUAUACCUACAAUGGAAUAUAAUUCAGUGUUAACAAGGAAGGAAAUUCAGACACAUGCUACAACAUGGAUGAAACUUGAGGACAUUAUGCUAAAUGAAAUAAGCCAGUCACAAAAGACAAAUAUGUUUAAUUUCACUUAUAUGAGGUAUCUAGAGUAGUCAAACUAAUAGAAACACAAAGUAGAAUGCUGGUUGCCAGGGAGUCGGAGGUGGAGGGGACGGAAAGUUGUUUCAUGUGUAUAGAGUUUCAGCUUUGCAAGAUGAAAAAGUUCUGGCAAUUGGUUGCACAACAUUGUGAAUAUACUUAACACUACUGAACUGUACACUUAGAAAUGGUUAAGAUGGUAAAUUUUAUGUUGUUUGUAUUUUACUACAUUUAAAAGUAAAAAAAUAAAUUAAAUAAAAUUCAGAGUGCAUGACUGGUGAUUCAGCCGCACCUGGAUCUGUUAUUUUGUUCUCUUAUAAGAAGUUAAAGAACUCGAAAGUCUGUGUUUUGUUUGCGGUGAGAGUUCCUCCUGUGUUCAGAUUCUGUGCACCUGCAUGAAAGGGGGAAGAGGAAACUGAGGCUCAGAGAGGUUUCAGAACUUGUCCAAGUUCACUCUGCCAGCAGGGCUGGUCCCAUGAUUAGAACCCAAGUCUUUUGACUCUAGUGCAGUGCUCUUCCACUCCACUGACGGUCAGGGUCAGGGUCAAGGUCAGCCUCUGCAGCCACCUCUCGCAUCCUGAUCCUGCCUGGGUCACCACUGUUCCUGCUACAGGAGACAGAGGAUGCAUUUCCUUGACAUUUCUGCUUGAAUGGUCUACUAGGCAUCUCACUGUUAGCAUGCCCUAACUGAGCUCCUGAUUUAUUAGUUAUCAGAGGAUUUAUUUUUAAAAAUAAUGUUUGAUAGUAGUUCACUAUGUGGUUUUUGGAAUAUAACUUAGAAGGAGUUCAAAGAAUGAGUCACAUUUCUAAAACAAAACUCUUUCCCCAUGUACUUAUUUUUGAGAAUAAGGUCUCUCAGUGCUGACAUCUGUAAAUAUGCAAAAUAGGAAUAGAAUUGAUGUUUAACCCUGUGUCACUCUAGCAAUAAAUAUUAGAUACCAAUGGGAUACAAGAACUAAUUAAAGGAAGUCUCCAUAUAUCUUAUUAUGAGAUGAAUUUCCGAUAAAAUCUUACUUUAUAUGUUUAGGAAUUACUUUUAAAAAUCCGUAAUAUAUUUGUUAUUUUAAUCAAUUGUGUACUACUGAUAAUUAUAGUGGAAAAUCAAUUCAGAUAGAAUUUCUUAAUACUUAGAAUCAUAUGGUUACAGGAAAC